AUGGAGAGCUCAUUAGGGCCGAAUCCAAUUGACGAGCCGAGUCUACUUUAUAAGCUACAACGUAAAAUCAAAGUAUUUAAUACAAGUAAUCCUCUACCUAAUAAAGGGUAUAACUUGGUUGCAUGCAGUAGCAAAUAUGGACUUGUUUUUGUGGGUACACCUGAUAGGUUCCUGACUGUAUAUCAUUUAAAAGAUCUUGUUGACAAGGAUUGUGAGCCUCAACACAUAACUAUAAACCUCCAGGAAGCCCCAACCCAUAUAGCCGUCAGUAGUGACCAAGAGCUGUUGGCUGUUACAGGAGGGCAGCUGCUUUCUGUUUAUAAUAUCUAUAAUUUUCAAAACACAAGUCUACAACCCAUUAACAUCCCGCUAAAUAAGACCUCAACCUUUGUAUCAGGUUUACAAUGGAAUCCAAUAAUUGCCGAUAGUCUAGCUAUGGUAUUCUAUGAUGGGUCUCUCUUAGUGGCAAAUAUUAGUACAUCUCAAGUAAAGAUGGUGCAGUCUAAGGCAAGAUGUUUGUGCUGGAGUCCGAAAGGCAAACAGCUAGUGACUGGUAAUAGUGAUGGAACACUUACUCAGUAUAAACCAGAUCUGACUCCAGCCAAGAACAUUCCAGCACCUAAAUUAUUUGAUGGCGCUCCAAUUGAAGCUCUCGCUGUGUAUUGGAUCUCCACCUUUAUGUUUACUGUUGUCUUUAAGAAUGCAACAGAUAACAGUCGCCCAGUGGUUACUGUAGUAAAUACACCUAAAGUCAAUCCACCACACUGUCUUAACUAUGAAGACAUUUGCUACAGCAUGGGGACCAAUAGACCAUGGUAUUACUACCUACAGGCAAUACCUCAAUGGUCUCUUAUAAUGGCAUCAUCAUCCAACAGCAUGGAAAUAGCGACUUUGGGUUCUAAAAAAGAUGGAGAGAGUUGGACUCAGUGGUGUCAGAGUGACGAGGCUAGGCCCGAACUUCCGUUAACUGACAAAAAGAUAGAGAAUUUCCCUAUUGGAAUUAGCAUUGAUACUAGUGCCAUAUACCAGCUGCCUAUGGGAGAGAAUCAAUCUUUGCAUCCAAUGCCACUACUUCACGUGUUGUCACAAAAUGGCUUGCUCACUAUAUUCAAUGUGAUCAAUUUAAGUAAAGACGCGCCUCAACUUUGUACACCUCCACAGCAGUUUAACUUACCUGCAGCUGCCAUGACCAGUGUGAUUCCUGGAAAGCCACCCGCUGUUCAGCCGACACCUGCACAAGCGCCGCCACCUGCACCAGCGCCGCUACCAACGCAGACAAAGGAGCAAGCGGCACCUCUACCGUUGAUACAAAAGCCACAAGGAUCUAUAGUUUCGACCUCGCAACAACAACCACCCGCUCCGCCGCCGCAGUACAGCGUCAGCGUUAUCAAUAUACCCAGGCCUCCGAGUUACACUCAGCCACCGAUCAGCCAGGGACACUCUUCAGUAGCAGUCCAAGGAGAACAGAAACAAGUUACAGAAAUAAAACCAACACCAAUUGUGCAACCUAAAGCCGUUAUAAAUCCUCCGCUUCCUGUUGAACCAAAGCCACAAACAGCGCAACAAGCUCAAGAGAACGCCGCCCUAAAGGCUGAACAGGAAAGGAUUGGCGAAAUGAAAGCCAACCAACAACUAAAGAAUAUGCUUGUGAAGGAAGUGAAUGACUUUCAAAAGGAAUUGUACAGAUUCACGGUUAAGACUAGAGAAACCCAGGCAAAGUUACAACGCGACAUCGAUUCGAUGAAGACAAAUUUUGUUGGCUUGUCUAUAAGCAGCGAACAAUUAAAGAAAGAGUGCUUUUUAGACGAUAUGCGUGGUGCCAUAGUGCAGUUAAAGUUAGAGUUGGUGCGAGCGUGCGCUGUCAUUGCUGAGGCCAGAACUCACGCUGAGGCAAAGGACUACCACCAAUGGACUCAAGCAGAUCCUUUAACUACGAAACGCGUGGCCUCUAUAAAGAAACUAGCUUACUACGUAGAAAACCAACUGGAACAGGCCCAAAAAGCACUUGAUUACAAGUGGAACGAAGCUCUCCGACGAGACCCACAUUUUAACAAGCCAGGACAACGUAUGAUCCGCCCCAUCUUGGAUGAUGUGUACCAACCUUUGGUAAAACAACAAGAGAUACUAAGCAGACAGCAAGCUGUACUACGUACGCUUAGAAAUACGCUCAAAGAUUGUGAUGUGCUCCCUAUGUUCAAAUCCACCUCGUUGUUGAGGAACACGCCUUUCAAAAAUAAAGACCCACUAUCAAAACUAACAAAGAAUAUACUUAAUAUGAGCAUUGAACCGGAGACUACAAAGGAACCUUUACUAUCCUCGCAAAAAUUGGAUGCCCUAAGAGACAUGCUAUCCAACCACAAAACAGUUAAGAUAAAGCCUGUUAAUGUUGAAAUGAAACAGCACUUGGCAAAUAUGAAGUUAAAUUAUGCUAAAACCUUGAAGGAAAAUUCACCGGUAGUAAGUCCAUCUGAUGUGAAACCAGAAGUCAAUCCAGUUACAGUGAAAGCACAAGUUGGAGUCUUACCAAAUGUUCAAGUAAAAACCGAGCCGAAGCAGGAGCCAAUGCCGACACCUAAGAAUACUCAAUCAUUCACGCCUCCAGGCCCCAUGAAACCGCCUGUUCCAAGUUUGACUAAUGUCGCUAGAACACUAUUCACUGACGAACUUAAAUCAGUACCUUCUGAAAAGGCUCAAAUGCCGUCAACGACACCCAAGAAUACAGUAUCUGCUUUCAUCUCUCAAUAUUCACAUGAAACACCAGUUACACCGUUAACAUCGUCUUCGGCGAUGAACAAUGCACAAGGCAGCGUUCUCAAAGAUCUACUGCAAAACAGGCAAACAAGUUUUGAACCAAAAGCGGCUGAAACUAAAGAUGAUUCUAAUACGUUUAUGGGACAGAAAAUUUGUUCACCCUCAACUUUUGCUUUUUCAUCAAGUACUAUUUCUCCCGCUGGUAGUACAGCAACAAAUACAACAGUAUUUGCAACUAAACCAACAUCAGAAGUUUUCAAUAUAUUCAACAAAUUUCAACCGCAAUCUUUUGUACCAGAAUCGAAACCAUUUGUCCCUGAGACUACAUCACAAACAUUUGAACCAAAGCCGCAACCUUCUGCACUGGAGACAAAACCGCUUUCCUUAGCUCAAGAGUCUAAACCUCAAAGCCCAGGAACUGCCAAUUCCAAAUCCAGCGAAACCGGCGAGCCUGAGGCUGUUGAAACUAAAACGUUUACUCUUAAACCGAAAGUUGAGAAACCGCUCACUUGUAUCUUCGGUGCGAAAACAGCUACGUCUAUUUCAAGUGCUAACGUUCCUGAUGUUUUGAAAACAACCCAAGACAUUGCCAAAGCUCAAACUAAAACAAGUAGUAAAACAGUUGAAAAAGAAAAUUUACCAGAGAAGUCUGAAGUUAAAGUUAUUCAAAAGCCAGUUGCUGAAAAGAAAGAUGGAGCUAAAAAUUUGACGAUCCAAAUGACUAAAACUUCUAUAUUUGGUGCAGUUCCUGAGGAUCACAGCAGUAGCAGUUCCUCUCAAAGUUCAACUGAAUCAACACCAACCAUGGUAAAAACUGAACCUAAAGUAGAACCUGUAAAAGAAAAGCCCGUCAGUCCGACGUCAAGCGCAUCAUCAAUAUUUGCUGCUGGUAAUGCUACGGUUCCUGACGAAGCAAAACCAUCACCACUGAAACUCGAUGAAGUCACUUCAAAACCGGAACCUGUUACGCCAGCUUCGACCCCAGUUGAAACCGUUCCGUCACUAAAACCUUCAAUAUUUUCGUCAACUAAUUCUUCAACAGCUGCUUCAGUCUUUGGAGCUGCAAUUGCUGCACAAGCUAAGAAUACAUCACAAGCCGGUUCAAUAUUUGCCGCAGCUGCUGCAUCUUCACCACUUACAUCAGCACCAAUAUUUGGAUCAACAUCAAAGGGGUCCAUAUUUGGGUCUUCUCAAACCUCUAUAUUUGCACCAACGACUACAGCAACUAGUACUACGACAACUGAAUCCUCAGCAUUAAACAGUCAAACAUCAGAUUCUCCCACUAAAGAAACAAUUUCAUCUACUUUUGGGUCACCUGUUACAACAUCUCAAACUACGUCAAUUUUUGGCUCUUCAGUAUUCCCGACCUUAACAACAACCUCAUCCACAACGCCAGUCUUUGGAUCAUCAACAACAGCCGUUUUUGCAUCAGCGACAACUAAAGCAUCUGUUUUCGAUGCCACUACUACAACGCCAUCAGUUUUUAGUUCUACGCCUAGUGCAUUUACUCCAACUACUCAGACUACUCAGACUUCUGUGUUUGGUGCAAAUACGACUACAGCCACAACAACUGCGUUUGCUACCUCAGGAGGAUCUGUAUUUGCUUCCGCUGCAGCAAACUCUAACUCAGCCACAGUAUUUGGUGGUCAAUCAACUACCACCCAAGCUUCUUCAAUAUUUGGCUCAGCAACUGCGACCAAUACUUCAGCAUACGUAACACCGCCUUCAACGACUCAAGCCUCAAUAUUUGGAACACCGCCUCCAACAACUCAGACAUCAGUACUUGGAACACCACCUCCUACAACUCAAGCCUCAAUAUUUGGAACACCGCCCCCAACGACUCAAGCCUCAAUAUUUGGAACACCACCUCCAACGACUCAAGCAUCAGUAUUUGGAAGUACCCCUGCUCAAACAUCCGUAUUUGGUACUUCGGACUCCACUGCAGCACAAAGUACUUCUUUAUUCGGUGGUGCAGACGCCAACUUAUUUGCAGCGGCCAGUAUAUCUACAACCAGCGCUCCAUCACAAUCAAGUGGUGGCAGUAUCUUUGGUGGGAGUUCAUCGGGUUCAGUAUUUGGUAGCAACACAAACGUAUUUGGCAACAAGGCGACGUUUGGGCAGCCUAAUCCAACCGCAGCAUCAAUAUUUGGCGCCGGUGGGGCGACAACAUUUGGACAGAAACCAAACAGUAACUUCUGGACGGGUGGCAGUGGGAACACUGAGGGUGGAUUUGGAUCGUCUGGUGGAGGAUUUGGUCAGCAAGCCACAACACAAGCGUCAUCUAUUUUCGGUGGCAGUACUGGCGGUAGCUUUAGCAGUCCCUCCGCCGGACAAGGGUUUGGCACACCACAGCAAAGCGUAUUUAGUACCCCUCAGCAGCAGUCUAGCACCGAACCCGCCUUCGGUGGAUCCACUGUGUUUGGUGUGGAUUCGGUGCCCCUGCCGCUUUUGGAGGAGGGGCCACUUUUGGGGGGGGCGCCGUUCGGCAGUACUUCGCCUGGAAAAGUAUACGGGGGCGGUAACGCUGCUCCAGCGUUCAGUUCGACACAGUCAAACGCUACCUUCGAGAGCCUCGCCACACAGAACACGCUGACGUUCGGCAACCUCGCCCAGCAAUCUGGGCCAACGCAGCAACCGGCCCCAACUUUCAACACGUCUCCAUCAUUCACCGGGUGGCGAGGCUGA